AUGACGCCCGGCGCCCAGCUGAUCCUCCCGAAGCGCGCGCGCCCGUCGCUGUCGUGCGCGGCCUUUGAGGAGCUGCGCGCCGAGUUCGGACAUGCCCCCGGCGCACAGGACGAUGCGCCAAGUGCGCCGCCGCGGCAGACGUGCCCCUUUUGCCAUGCGUCCAUCGAGCGCCCCUCGCGUGUGCUGCGCGACAUGCUCUCGUUCUGGGAGCAGCGCAAAAAGGCAGGACACGUCCUCCGUCCCACCGACACGCUCGCCGUGUGCGAGCAGCACCGCAACGAGCGCGACGUCAUCCCCCACGGCGCAUCGCGUGGGUGGCCCAUGUCCAUCGACUUUCGCCAGCUACGGCGGCGCAUCACGUCGCCUGACGCGCGCUACCUGCGCAUCCUGCACGACUGCAUCGAGCAUCCUGACCACAGUGUGUGGUUCCGCACCGCCAAGGCGCAGCGCGCCGCGCAGGGCCGAAAGGUGUGCGAUCUCAACACGUUUGACGAGCGCCUAUGUGGCUACUACGGCGAGCGCGGCUGGGAACUCUUGCACGAGAUCCUGUAUGCCGUGUACGUCCAAGACCCGCUUCUCCCCACGCUCGAUCUCACGCGCGACGACGUGCAGAGGCACUUUGCGCCGCUCAACACGUCGCAGUUUCUCGACAACGUCCUCCUUCCCGAGCUCGUGUGCCUCCUGAUCCAGGACGAUCUGGGCGGCGUGCCAUACGACGAGGCUAUGCGCGUCCAGCGCGAGAGCCAAAAGUUCGGCAUGGCCAUGUACGCCAGCGACGCACCGCCGCCGAAACGCAUGCGCCUCGUCCAGCAGACCCUGCCGGUCCGGCGCACGUCGCGGCCCACGACGCCAGCCACGUACCACGAGGCGUCGAGUGACGAAGAGCGCCCAGUGUGGCACCAGCAGCGCCUGCUCCAGCCCCCACGACGCUAG